CCGCUCGUAUGAAGUAAGCAAGUAAGCUGCUAUUUUCAGUCACCUUUGUGCAUGAAGUCCGUCAAACAGUACUGUUUCCUCAUCUCUAACUACGAUGAUUGACAUAGAGAGAGGUGCUGGUGAUGCUGGCGAAGAAGAACCCCGGAGUAAGAACAAGGAUCUGGAAAAAAAGAAGAGGUCUCGUGUCAAACAGCUGCUGGGCGACGUGAAGAAGCAGGUGGAGUUCUGGUUCGGAGAUGUCAACCUUCACAAGGACCGCUUUCUGAGAAAACUCAUAGAUGAGUCAGACGAUGGAUAUGUUGAUAUUUCUGUGCUGGCAAGCUUCAAUCGAAUGAAGAAGCUGACAACUGACACAAAGCUGAUUGCUAGAGCGCUGAAAAAUUCAUCUGUUGUUGAGGUUAACCUUGAAGAAAAUAAAGUCAGGCGUCAAUUUCCUAUUGGAGAAGUACCACAUGAUGUUGAUGGCCGCACAGUUUAUGUGGAACUGUUGCCUAAGGAUGUAAAUCACAGCUGGAUCGAAAGAGUGUUCUCAAAAUGUGGAAAUGUGGUUUAUGUCAGUAUCCCAAGAUACAAGUCCUCUGGUGACUCGAAGGGUUUCGCUUUUGUGGAAUUUGAGAAAGAAGAAGAAGCACAAAAAGCUAUAGAGAUGCUGAAUAACCCCCCUGAAGAUGCUCCAAGGAAGCCUGGGAUUUUCCCUAAAACAAAGAACAGAAAGCCUCUGCCUCUGCCAGCUGACAAUCCUCCAUCAGGUGAAGAAGAGGAGAAGAAAAAGAGAAAGAAGAAGAAAAAGAAAGAUGGCACCACCGUACAGACUUCAGCUGAAGAAUCUAAAGAGCCGGCGAUGGAGGCCGAGCCGUCCGAGCAAAAGAACAAGCGCUUAGCAGCUGGGGAUUUUGAUUCAGAGGUCACCAGCACGCAAAAGACACCUGGCAAACUAUCAGACAAAAAAAGACGACGGUCACAGACGGCAGAAGGAACUGAAAGUGAGGCGCCGUCAAAGAUGAGAAGGCUAGGUGAAAGUGAAGGUGUGCAGGAGAAAGAUGCAACAAAAACUGACCUGCCUGCUCAAAGUGAAGGAGAGAGGGGCGUUGAAGAAGGGAAAGAAAACAGAGAAGACUCAAUGAAAGCAAAGAGGAAGAGAAAAAAGAAGCACAAGGAGAAACUGAAGAUCGGGGAGGAAGUUAUUCCACUGCGAGUUCUAUCAAAGAAGGACUGGCUCGUGUUGAAGGAUGAGUAUCUGAUUUUGCAGAAGCGCAGCAUGACGUCCUUGAAGAAGUGUAUGACUAAGAUUGAUCACAAGGAGCAAGAGAGUCCCACAAAGAUGGAAAAUGACCCUCAGGAUGGAAACAUUGAUCACUGCAAUAAGAGCGAGAAAGAGACGAAGCACGGCCCUCAGUUUACCAGUGGUGUCAUCAUUAAGAUAACAGACAGCAAGCCACUACCGGGGAGGAAGAUCAUUAAAGAUGCUCUGUGCAAAAUCUCUCCUGUGGCGUACGUCGAUAUCCUGGAAGGAGACGCUGAGGGUCACAUCCGAUUCCACAGCCCUGAGGACGCUAAAGCUGUCAGCGACGUACAAGCAGAGCUACAGAAAGAGCACAGCUGGAAGCUUGAGAUCCUCACAGGUGAUCAUGAACAAAGGUACUGGCAGAAGAUCCUCGUGGACCGUCAAGUGAAGUUGAACCGCCCGAGGGAGAAGAAGCGAGGCACAGAGAAGCUCAUAUCCAAAGCUGAAAAAAUCAUCAUCGCUCGGGCCAAAGAGGCUCACAAGCACAUCCGUUUCCAAGAAGACUGACCGCUGCUGAAUCAAAAGGAAAUGUUUUGGCAGGCUUUAAAUAAUGUCAUAUGAGGGGGACAAGUCAUCUUUAUUCGUCUAAAGCUCAGUUAAAUCUAAUUUUAAUCUUUUACAUGCAUAGAUUUGUUAAAAUGUCCCCUUGAUUUUUUAUUUUUGCACUGGAGCCUCCAAGGUAACGUGGACUGCUGCUUUGCGUUGACGUUUUGAAAAGUUUUUAUUUCUUAAAUUGAAAACCCCCUUUUUUUAAGAAAAGGAGAUUUUGUAUAGAUUGUAAAUAUGAUAAUUUGGAAACUCUCCGAAUCAAGACAUGAACUAGUCAGGGCAUUUCCUUCUUAAGAUAUUUGCCUUUUUGUUUUUUUAAUAAAAUAACAUUAUUGAUAAAUAAA